AGCAUGACUUCCUAUGCAGUUAGUGUUCAGACACUACUGCAGAAGCAAGAUGAUAGGUGUUUUGAACGAACGGUUGACUAUUGAGCAGAAGGGAUACAUUGAGAAGAGUGUUUUUGGUUGGUUGUUAUACUUGCCAAGUUCUAUUAAGAUAGGUAGGAAUUUGUUAUCUAAGUUAUGUGGUGAAUGGGUAGAUAGCAUGAGUGGGUUUUAUUUUGGGGGCAAAGUUAUUAAGUUUAUCGAAUUUGAUGUGUGUCUCUCGUUAGGGUUGCCUGUUGUUGGUGAAGCGAUAGAUUUAAAUAAAGUUGGGCAUCGUAGUGUUUGUAGGGAGUACUUCCCUGAGGGGAAAGUGGAUGUCAGGAUGGUAUAUGAGUUUUUGUUAGAGGAACAUCAAAAUUUUCCAAUAUAACAUUUUUGCAGCUUGUAUAUAUUGGUAGGCAUAUCAGAGUUCUUGGUUCCGAAUCGAAGUGGAGUAGUAUUUCCAAUCAUAUUUGACCUUGUUUCGGAGUUUGGGAGUGUGGCUAAGUACAAUUGGGGCAGUUUAGUUUUUCAGUACUUUGUUGAAAGUGUGUGUGGUGCUUCAACAACAAUGAAGAAUGAAACAACCAAAAGCCAUAUUCAUGUUCAAGGAUGUGCUUACCUGUUGCAGGUAUGGUUUUGUCACCAUUUUGUGACAUCGAAGUCCAUUUACAGUACACGGGUAACAAAAUUCCCAAGGUUGUUGAACUGGAUUGAUAUGAAUAUUGGGGAUAAGUUUAUCAAAACUGCUUUGGCAAAGGGAUCGGUUGUUAUUGAUGUUGGUGUGUCGAAAGAGGAGCUUUGUUAUGGUAUGGUGAAAGACGCUUGUGAGAAAUUUGGUAUUCCAUUUAAGAAGCAAAAUAGAGGAGAUAAGGAAAAAUUACUUUUUGUUGUAGAAGAACAAACACGGGUAAUCGCGGACAUGCAAAGUAGUAUUAACGAUUUAAGAAAGUUGGUUGAAGCAAAAGAUGAAGAUAAGAAUGAAGAAUUUGUGGAAGAACCGUUGUGGGGAAGUGAAGAUGGUUGUCAAAGUACACCGGUUCAGCAUGACCAGCAAACCCCUGUAGUUGAACGUGGAUUUCAAAUGCAACAAAGCACAAUGUAUGAUCGUAUGAAAGCGCAACCCCGAAUACGGGUUAAGAGUGUCGUAAAAAGAAGUCCUUAUACUGCAGGUGUUAGAAGAAAAAAAUGAG